GCCCACCCGACUUCACCGAUCAGUUAAAAUUCCGAGUCAACCAUGACGUCCAAGAAGACAACUUGGAUCGCCAAAAAUGGAUUAAAAGUGGUGCUGGAAGAAAUGGAUCCCGGUGCCCGAAGAAAGGAGUGGAAUGAUAAUAUGUACACACCUUUAUCUAGUCCAACUGAUAGUUUGGAAGAGGUAGCCUCCGCUGAUUCUGGCAGAAAACUCGAGAAGGCCAAGAAAAACGAAGGUCAUCUUGCUCUGCCUAAUAGAAAAUGUCAGGAAGAAACUAAUCUCAAGAUGAAGGAAAUAUUUCACCAGAAUGUCAAAGAACCCAAUAUCCGAGACUACAAGAUGAACAUCUUGAAUAAUGGAGCAGGUCCGAGUUGCCUGUCACCUGGAUCGCCUCAGUCCCCCAAGGAACCGGGAUCACCUCAGGCCCAGGUCAAAUCUGGAUUGACUCAGAUCCAGGUCACAGCUGGAUUUCCUCGGGCCCAGGGGAACAGCGACUUCUGUGCCCUUAACAACAUCAUCCGAGCUCGAAUUCGAGCUCGGUCUGCCUAUAAGAUCGAGGGAAUAUCAGUUUGUCCUGAUCUUGUAAAAGGUUCUACACCCAAAAUCCAUGUGAAUGUUCUGAAUAAAGAACUGGAAGAGCUGAAUUUGAAAUGCCAGAAGAUUGAAUCCGAUUUUGAAAUGACUGAGAAGGAACUCAUCACCUCCCGCCAAGUUUCCUCGGAGGAAUUUGAGGAAAGUACCAGCUUCGGAGCAUCAGAGAAAGACAUCAAAAUCGAGAUCCUUCGAAAUGAUCUUUCUGAAAAAGCCUUAACCAUCAAAAACCUGACGUUCGAACUCCAACACUCUGAGCAGCUGAUUGAAAAGCUCAGUUUGGAGAACAGAAAGUUAAAGGAGACCAUCAGGAAGUUAAAGCACCAGAAUUACAUAGGAAGUACUCUUCUCAAAGAGGAACUUCAGUUCUAUUACAAAAUGGAGAUGAAGAAGAUCCAGGAAGAACUCAAUACCCUCAAGGCCGACCUGGAAACCGAGCGAGCCAUCCAGAAAAGAAACAAGAGAGCACUGGAAUUGCUGAAAAAAUACUUUGAGACCAAAAAUUCCUUUGGCAUUUUUGAAAUUUUGCCAAAGGACAAUUCUUAA